AUGGAACUUUGCAAUAUACAGUUCGGAGCUGCCAUGAAAAAGGAAUGUUUUCAUUUUGAGGAGGGAUAUACGUUUAUCAACCAUGGGUCUUAUGGAGUAGUACCUACAAAAAUCAGGGAUAAACAAAAACAAUUACUGGAUGCCCUGAAUGAUAACCCUGACGUAUUCUACCGGCGAAUAACCCAACAACUGUUCAGUAGGGCUAUAGAUACUGCUGCAAAAUUUCUAGGGGCGGAUCCUAAAAACUUGGUCUUUGUACAAAAUGCCACAACAGGCGUAAACAGUGUCUUGAAGGCAUUCCCAUGGCAGAAAGGUGACGAGAUUUUAGCGACAGUUUACACAUAUAAAGCGGUCGAAUAUGCCUGUCGAAAGGUAGCCGAAUUUUCAACAGGAGGACACAUUCAUCAGUUUGAUAUACGCUUCCCGAUCAAUGACGAAUCAGAGGUUGUUAACAGCAUGACAUCAUUUCUGGACAAGCAUCCCAAAAUCAGACUUGUGGUUUUAGAUCAUAUUGCAAGCCCUACGGCUCUAGCGUUCCCAGUAAAGAAAAUGAUAGCGGAAUGCAGAAAGCGAGGGGUUAUGGUGUUGAUAGACGGUGCUCAUGCACCAGGACAAAUGGAGAUUAAUUUAGAAGAUCUUGAUCCAGACUUUUACACUGGGAACUUUCAUAAGUGGGUGUUUACACCAAGAGGAUGUGCGAUUCUCUGGGUUCGUAAGGAUCACCAGGAUUGGUGCACUCCUCUUGUGACGUCACAUAUGUAUAAAAAGGGCAUUCAGUUGGAAUACUGUGUUCAAGGGACACGUGAUGAUAUUCCAUACUUCUGCGUACCAGAAGCAAUUCAAUUUUACAAAGACAUUGGAGGGAUGGACAAAAUAAACAAAUACACGAGAAACCUCUUGGACAAAGCCAGUGCGUUGGUAGCAGAAAGAUUGGGGACGGAGGUGCUGCAGAUCCCGAAGUCAAUGGAAGCUCCCGGAAUGAGACUUGUAUUGUUACCGGAAUAUAAAGGCUAUGAUAAAACAUGGGACGGUGCAGAUAAAUUACAGAUGGACAUCAUGAAUCAACAUAAAAUAAUCUGUGUUAUUUCUCCAGUACAGAGCGAGCUUUACUUGAGGCUUUCUGCCAAUAUUUACAACGAAAUGACUGAUUACGUCAAAAUAGCCGAUCUUCUAAAUGGUCUGCCCAAGAAAAGUUAACGAUGCCGGGAACGAACACCUGGUUGUAGCUGACAGGGUCUUUUAAAAUAUGUUGAUUUACUUGUGUAUAUUGUUUAAUCUUGCAAAUUAGAAAUUUAUAUUUGAUAUUUUCCUAAUCAUUUCGAUGUUUGUUUUUACCCAUUGUUCAUUGUUUUUAACUUCAGUUUCUAAUCAAUUUCUAAUAUUUCUGCUUGUAAAUAAAUAUUUUAUAUCAAAUCAUCAAAAAAUCCUUGACAUUCACACGUGACACACUAUCGCGGAAAUGAAAGACCACACUUUUGUGUCGUUUAAGACCUGUUUUUAUUUUAUUCUUACCUGAAUGCAUUUUAGUAAACCGUGUAGUACUUAAAUUGGACAGUGGACAAUAGUUUGUAAGAAUCUCCUUAUCUAGCCCUGAUUUUUUGAGCAGUGGUCUGACGAUAUAUACUU